AUUUUUCUUCCGUUUCUUCGUUUAGUUUAAAUCGCUCAUCAUCAUCUUUCGUAUCUAAGCCUUCUCUGUUCUUCCGAUCCUCUCCCUCUAUACACACAAAGCUAUGGAUUCCCUAGAUUCCGUGUUCGAUCCAUUGAGAGAAUUCGCUAAGGACAGCGUUCGCCUCGUCAAGAGAUGCCACAAGCCGGAUCGCAAAGAAUUCACGAAGGUGGCUUUCCGUACAGCGAUUGGGUUCGUGGUGAUGGGAUUCGUUGGCUUCUUCGUGAAGCUGAUCUUCAUCCCUAUCAACAACAUCAUCGUCGGAUCUUCUUAAGAUCAUUUGGAAGUGUAUGGUGCAAGAAUGUCAAAAGGUGCAAAAUAGACAGAGGGACGCUUUACGCUAUGUGGGAUACUUUUUAACUGACACUUAAAUUUCUUGAAAAUUUGUUGUUCUUUCCUUCUAAAUGGCUCUCAUAUUUGAUGUAUCCCUAUAUUUGUGCUUUCCUCUUGGUAACUCUUUUGCAGUUUUGCUAGUCAUUAAUAACUUUUCUAGAUAAAA